UAGGCUUUAUGUAUAUUUUCUUUUGAUUUAUGCCUGGAUAUUUUAUGUGAUUCACUGGGUGCAGAGGCUCUUUGUGAGCUCACAGAAGCUGUCACAUGCAGUUCUUGGAAACUUUGAUAUUCAACUUGCCAAAAUUAUUUUAUCAUCUUUGCAGCUACUCACACAAAAUGACCAACAAAAGUUUCAAAUAUGAAAAUAAAUAAAUGAAUAAACAUGUUAACGGUGACGAGAAGCAGUAGCAGGGUGAUUUGGAGGUGAGGGAUGUCAAUCUCUUACCAAACAAACACCAGAGAGAGAGUGAAGGCAGAUGUAGAAGGGUGUGGUUAUACAUGCACUUCCCUUUCCUCUGAUCUUUAUUAGUUCAGACACUCAAAUCUCCAAACUUGCAGCAGACUCUAAGCUCUACUAUACAUCAUCUGGAUUCACAUACAGAUCCCUCACCAGCAUCAGGAUGUGGAUUAUACUGUUGGGUCUCACCUCUGCAUUACUGGCCUCCUCGAGAUCAGAAGCUACCACAGUGCGUUCACGGAGCUGCAGCUAUGCUGGAGUGUUUCACGUGGAGGGGAGAGAACGCUAUAGUCUGACGUUUGAGGAGGCCAGGAGCUUGUGUGAGCAUUUAGCCUCUUCAUUAGCCAGUCUGGAGCAGGUGAAACAAGCCUACAAUAAAGGACUAGAGACGUGCAGGUACGGAUGGAUAAACAGCUCAGAUGUGGUGAUACUCCGUCACACGCCACAUGUAAUUUGUGCUAACAACCAAACGGGCAUCAUCACGGCAACUUUAGAUGGAAAAAAAUACGACGCAUUCUGUUAUGAUGCUGAAGAUACGUCAGAGAAGAACUGCACAGCUAAGUUUGACCCUGACACUUCAAACAAAACAGAUGACUCUGUUUCAGCGUUUACAGAAGUCACAACACACCAGACAAAUGAUGGAGGGGAAGAGUCUGAAAAUUCAACAUCUGAAGACACAUUUGUGUCUGAGUCCUCGACUCCAGUUCACUGGACGCAGAGCAGCCCCACACAGAGCCCUGUGGAACAGGACCGCACUGAUCAAACAAAUGACCAGGCAAUCCGUCAUACACGUGAUAUGGAGUCCACAACUUCCUCAGGGCUGAGUGAGACAGCGUCUACCAGUGAAACUACAGCAAAUAAAGCAGACUGGCUCAUCAUUUUACUCACCAUCAUUUUGGCAGUUCUUCUCAUUCUGCUUGUCUGUGUUAUUGUAGCAAACAGAAAAAGAUGGUGUGGCAAGAAACAGACUCUGAUUAUUACAAAAGAGAGCAGCAGUGAAGAAAAGGGUGCAGCAGCUUCAUUCACUAAGGAGCAGGAGAUGGUCAAACUCGUGAAUACUGAAUCUGAGAUCUAACGUAACAGAUCAGUGUGGAUAAGUGAACGGAGGAAACCCAGAAGAAUGGGAACACCAGCAGUUUUUCACUAACACGCCUUCAUUCAUGCUGAACUAAUGCACAGAUAGUCUUGAGAUAAUGUUUGAUUUAUAAAGAACUAAGCCACUCAUUACUUACAUCAGCAUCUGAUAAAAUGUUUGAUUAAUAGAUUAAGACCCAGUUUCACAGACAGAUCUUAGACUAAACCAGGAUCAGGCCAUAGUUCAAUUAGCACAUUUAAGUCAUUUUUAUUAACAUGCCUUAGAAAAGAAAAAAAAAACCUUACUGGUGUGCAUCUUACAUUUACAUUUUACAUUUAAUCUGGGACUAGUUUUAAACCUUGUCUGUGAAACCGGGGGUAAGACAUAUAUGAAUUAAAUGUGUCAUCAUGGAUUAAUUCUCUAUCAAUGUCUAGCUUUAACCAAUAGUGGAAAUUAAUAUGUUCACCACAGUGAGUCAAAGCGUGUACAGUAUUCCAACUUCCAGCUGUCUGGUUUAAAAAAAAACAUUAGCUGAGAAUUUGCAAAGAUAACAUUGUUAUGACUUGUAGAGGCAUCUGACUUUUAACUCAUUAUAUUAAGUAAUAUGCUCCCAUGGUAAUGAUUUUGAUCCAUUUACCUGAUCCAAACACAUUCUUUGCCAUUUAAUUCAAAGCACAAUGUAAUGUAAUGUAAUUAGGUUAAAAAAUUAAUUAUAAAAAAAAAAAAAAACCUAGUACUAGCCUAACUAAUAUAAGUUUAAUAAGUUCAAACAUUAUUAAACACUUGUGAACAGUCAAUAAUUAAAAACAAAUAAAUUACAAGUAAUAACACAAAUAAAUUCAGUAGAGCAAAUACUAACAAAAUAAGAAAUUGAAUAAAAUAAUCAAAUGUAAAAUAAAACUGCAUAUUCGUAACUGUAUAAAUUAUAGAUUAAGUCUUGUGAAAGCUACAAAAGUCAAGGGCAGUGAGUGAUUUUCUCUUACUGUUUGUUUAAUGUUAAUGACAGACAGCAGUAAGUGAAUUAGGCUGUUGUCUCGUCCCGUCACCCAAUCACAAUGCUCACCAUCACCAGUCGUCAAUCAUCUCAUCAUCACAGCACACAGCUCAGAGACCCACUUUGUCUGGCCUUGUGUGAGAAAGAGCUCCUUACUUGUUCUCUCACGUCUUCUGAGUAUCUUUGUGAGCAGCAUGUUCAUUGCUACUUGCCACCACCUAGACGAGGUGUGCUUCAGUCCUCCAAAAUCAUAGAUAAAAUCUUUGCUAAUGAUGAUGUAAUGAUUUAUUAAUUCAGACAGCUGGAAGUUGAAAUACAUGGCUUUGAAACAUUUUGGUAAUUCAUUUACACUGUUUGUAAUUUACGAGAUGUUGAUAGGGAAUCAAUCCAUGAUGACACAUGUAGUUAACAACAAAUCAUAUGACUUAAUUUAUUAACCAGAUGAACUCUUUAUUCGUUGCUGAUUGGGCAAUAGUUAAUGAAAGGCUUAGUUUUGCAUGAGUCAUACGUCAGCUGUGCAUUAGUUCAUCAUGAAUUAUUGCAUGUAAGUGCACAGACUGUAAAGUGUUUCCAGUGUUACAUUGUAAAAACAUGACCAGAAAAAAUGAUAAGUACGAAAACAGAAGAAAGGAGAACCUCAGAGACUGAGAUGGACAUACAUCUGAAACAAAACAAAAGGAGGCAAUAGUUGUUUGUGGGUGGGUGGGUGG